GAUUCGAAACUUGAAAGUGAAAAUAAUUAAAUUAAUAAAAUAUUAACACACAGAAAUUGGCUUAUUUAUGAAUUUUUUUGAGCACGUAACUGAAAACAUAGAAUACUUAAGGUGUAAAUGUGAUGACUAAAACCUAAAAACAUAGAAAUCAAUAUAAUAACAACUAACAAAAACAAAGAAAAGAACCUAUAUAAUGCCAGGCCUUAUUAGCCCCAAAUUGGUAGAAUCCAAAAACUGAAGAGCGAAAAAAAAAACAACACAACUAAAAACCCGAAAACCAAAACCGUGGAAAACCAAACUGACUGAGCAAUUGAAUUAACCCCAGAAAGCCCACGAAUGCAGCCAACAUUGCCACAAGCCGCUGGGACAGCCGAUAUGGAUCUGACGGCUGUUCAAUCAAUCAACGAUUGGUUUUUCAAAAAGGAGCAAAUUUAUUUAUUGGCACAGUUUUGGCAACAGCGCGCUACCCUGGCCGAGAAGGAGGUGAACACACUCAAAGAGCAGCUAUCCACAGGCAAUCCCGAGAACAGCGACAACAGCGACACAGCAACAGUUGCAGCAGCAACAAACGACAGUGAGGAGGAUCAACAGCAGCAGCAGCAGCAGCAACAACAGCAAAGCGACAGCGACAAGCUGCUGAACAGCUCCAUUGUUGCAGCGGCCAUAACGCUGCAACAGCAGAACGGCAGCAAUCUGCUGGCGAACACAAAUACGCCGUCGCCCUCGCCGCCGUUGCUCAGCGCCGAGCAGCAGCAGCAGUUGCAGAGCAGUUUGCAACAGAGCGGCGGUGGCGCCUGCCUCAAUCCGAAGCUCUUCUUCAAUCACGCCCAGCAGAUGAUGAUGAUGGAGGCGGCAGCUGCGGCAGCAGCGGCGGCACUGCAACAGCAGCAGCAACAGCAAUCGCCGUUGCAUUCGCCGGCGACUGAGGUGGCAAUUCCCGCAGAACAGCCAGCAGCAACAACGGGAGCGGCUACAGCAGCAGCAGCAACACCGAUUGCCAGUGGCAACAUCAAGAGCAGCAGCAACAUCAAUCACAGCAACAACACCAGCAACAACAACAGUCACCAGGAGCAGGAGGACCAGGAGCUGGAAGAAGAUGAGGAUGAGGAGGAGGAGGAUGAGGACGAGGACGAUGAGGAGGAGAAUGCCUCGAUGCAAUCGAAUGCCGAUGAUAUGGAGCUGGAUGCACAGCAAGAAACCAGAACUGAGCCAAGUGCAACAACGCAACAGCAGGAUCUUGCCGAUCUUGAGGAGCAGAACAAGGAUGCGGGGGAGGCUAGUUUAAAUGUUAGCAAUAAUCACACAACCGAUAGCAAUAAUAGUUGUAGUCGAAAGAACAACAAUGGUGGCGGCAAUGAGAGUGAGCAACAUGUUGCCAAUUCGGCGGAGGACGAUGAUUGCGCCAACAACAAUACAAACACCAGCAAUAACAACAAUACCAGCAGCACCACCGCCACCAGCAACACCAACAACAACAAUAACAACAACAACAGCAGCAGUGGCAACAGCGAGAAGCGCAAGAAGAAGAACAAUAACAACAACAAUGGCCAGCCUGCUGUUCUAUUAGCUGCCAAAGAUAAAGAGAUUAAAGCACUUCUGGACGAACUGCAACGCCUGAGGGCGCUGGAGCAGACGCAUCUGGUGCAAAUCCAGCGACUGGAGGAGCAUUUGGAGGUCAAGCGCCAGCACAUAAUGCGAUUGGAGGCGCGUCUCGAUAAGCAGCAGAUCAAUGAGGCUCUCGCCGAGGCGACCGCUUUGGCGGCAGCAGCUGCCACCAAUAACAACAAUAAUAGCCAGAGCAGCGACAACAAUAAGCAGAGCAACAAGGCAGGAGAAGCCGCCACACCGCUGGAUGCGUCAUCAUCCGUCAUCAGCAUUGGCGAUCUGCCGGAGGCCACAAAGACUUCAGCAGCAGUUCCUUCUGCCGCCGCCGCUGAGGAUGAGGAUGAGGACGAGGAUCAGGCCAUGCUGGUUGACUCCGAGGAGGCGGAGGAGAAGCCAGAGGAGCACCAGCGGGGUGACGACGACGAGGAGGAGGAGGAGGAGGCCGAGGAUCGGGAGGCGGUCAAUGCCACCAACACCACCACCACCACCGAUAGCAACGAGCUCAAAAUCAAAAAGGAACAGCACAGUCCGCUGGAUCUGAAUGUGCUCAGUCCGAAUUCAGCUUUGGCCACUGCAGCUGCGGCCGCCGCUGCCGCCGCCUGCGCCAACGACCCCAACAAAUUCCAGGCGCUGCUCAUCGAGCGGACCAAAGCCCUGGCCGCCGAGGCGCUCAAGAAUGGCGCCAGUGAUGCCAUCAGCGAAGAUGCCCACCACCACCAGCAGCAACAUCACCAGCAACAGCAGCAGCAACACCACCACCAGCAACAUCACCAGCAGCAGCAGCAACACCACCAGCAACAGCAGCAACACCACCAUCAUCAUCACCUGCAAAAUAGCGGCAGCAACAGCAAUCCAGCGACCAACAGCGACUUGAAUCAUCAUGGCCAUCACUUGCAUCAUUUGCAUCACUUGCAUCACGAAUCCAGUUCGAAUUCGAGUACACCUUCGGUUACGGCGGCGUCUGGGAACGGUGGUAGCAACAAUGCUGGCAACCAGGCCACCCAGGCCACCGCUCAACUGGCCGCCAGUUUGGCCAGCACACUGAACGGAGCACAGAAAUCGCUGCUGCAGGAGGAUAGCAAUGGACUGGCCACCGCCGCCGCAAUGGCCGCUCAUGCCCAUUUGGGUCCAGUAUCCGGUUUUCUGCCCGGCCUACCGGCCUUUCAAUUUGCCGCCGCCCAAGUGGCCGCCGGUGGUGGCGAUGGACGUGUGGGUCACUAUCGUUUCGCCGAUUCGGAACUGCAAUUGCCUCCCGGAGCCUCGAUGGCCGGCCGUUUGGGUGAAUCACUGAUACCCAAGGGCGAUCCCAUGGAGGCCAAGCUGCAGGAGAUGCUGCGCUACAACAUGGAUAAGUACGCCAAUCAGGCGCUGGAUACCCUGCACAUUUCGCGUCGCGUUCGGGAACUCCUGUCGGUGCACAACAUUGGCCAGCGGCUGUUUGCCAAAUACAUAUUGGGCCUGUCGCAAGGCACCGUCUCGGAGCUGUUGAGCAAACCCAAGCCAUGGGACAAGCUGACGGAGAAGGGACGCGAUAGCUACCGCAAAAUGCACGCCUGGGCCUGUGACGAUAAUGCCGUCAUGCUGCUCAAAUCGCUGAUACCCAAGAAAGAUUCUGGCCUGCCGCAGUAUGCGGGUCGUGGAGCCGGCGGCGCUGGCGGCGAUGAUUCCAUGUCCGAGGACCGGAUUGCCCACAUCCUCAGCGAGGCCUCGUCGCUGAUGAAGCAGACGAGCGUGGCCCAUCGGGAGCAUCGGGAGCUCCAGCAGGAGCGUCGCAGUCACGGCGAGGAUUCGCACAGCAACGAGGACAGCAAGUCGCCGCCGCAGAGCUGCACCUCGCCCUUCUUCAAGGUCGAGCAGCAGCUGAAGCAGCAGCAGCACCAGCAGCAGCAGCAUCUCACUCCCGAACAGGCAGCGGCCGCCCAGCAGAGGGAAAGGGAGAGGGAGCAGCGGGAGAGGGAGCGAGAGCAGCAGCAACGACUGAGGCACGAGGACUUGGCCCAGGACAAGAUGGCCCGGCUCUACCAGGAGCUAAUUGCACGCACUCCCAGGGAGACGGCCUUUCCAAGCUUCCUCUUCUCACCCUCGCUGUUCGGAGGAGCCGCCGGCAUGCCGGGAGCGGCUGGCAAUGCCUUUCCCGCCAUGGCCGAUGAGAAUAUGCGUCAUGUCUUCGAGCGCGAGAUCGCCAAGCUGCAGCAGCACCAGCAGCAGCAGCAGCAACAGCAACAGGCGGCCGCCGCCCAGUUCCCCAACUUCUCGAGCCUGAUGGCCCUGCAGCAGCAGGUGCUCAAUGGCGCCCAGGAUCUCUCGCUGGCCGCCGCGGCCGCCGCCUCCAAGGACAUCAAGCUGAAUGGCCAGCGAUCCUCGUUGGAGCACAGCGCCGGCAGCAGUAGCAGCUGCUCCAAGGAUGGCGAACGGGAGGAUGGCUACCGGAAGUCCGAGGGAGGCGGUACACCAGCUCCCCCAGCACCGCCAGCGGGAGCAGCUCCACUGCCCAGCGGAGGAGCACCAACUGGAGCACCAGGUGGAGCAACCAGCGGCAACUCGGCGGCGCCCAGUCCGCUGAGUAACUCCAUCUUACCCCCAGCUUUAAGCAGCCAAGGAGAGGAGUUUGCGGCCACGGCCAGUCCGCUGCAGCGAAUGGCCUCGAUAACCAACUCGCUGAUCACCCAGCCGCCGGUGACGCCGCAUCACAGUACUCCACAAAGACCCACCAAGGCGGUCCUGCCGCCCAUCACCCAGCAGCAGUUCGAUAUGUUCAACAAUCUCAACACGGAGGAUAUCGUGAGAAGGGUCAAGGAGGCGCUCUCGCAGUACUCCAUUUCCCAGCGUUUGUUUGGUGAAUCUGUGCUGGGAUUAUCGCAGGGUUCCGUCUCUGAUUUGCUGGCGCGGCCCAAACCCUGGCACAUGCUCACUCAAAAGGGUAGGGAGCCCUUCAUCCGCAUGAAGAUGUUCCUGGAGGACGAGAAUGCGGUGCACAAGCUGGUGGCCAGUCAGUACAAGAUUGCCCCCGAGAAACUGAUGCGCACGGGCAGUUACAGCGGCAGUCCGCAAAUGCCGCAGGGAUUGGCCAGCAAAAUGCAGGCGGUGGGCUCCCUGCCCAUGCAGAAGAUGAUGAGCGAGCUGAAGUUGCAGGAACCGGGAGCUGCCCAAGCGCAGCAUCUCAUGCAACAGAUGCAGGCGGCGGCCAUGUCGGCGGCCAUGCAGCAGCAGCAGCAGCAGCAGGUGGCUCAGCAGCAUCACCAGCAACAACAUCUCGUUGCCCAGCAGCAGCAGCAACAUCUGGCUGCUCAGCAGCAACAGCAGCAACAUCUCGUCGCCCAGCAGCAGCAGCAACAGCAGCAACAUGCCGCGGCCGCUGCACUGCAUCACCAGAGCAUGCUGCUCACCUCGCCCGGCCUGCCGCCCCAGCAUGCCAUCAGCCUGCCUCCGUCGGCUGGCAAUCCGAGUUCCAAUCCCAAUCCGAGCAGCAAUCCCGGCGAGAAGAAGCCCAUGCUGAUGCCCGUGCAUGGCACGAAUGCCAUGAGGAGUCUGCACCAGCACAUGUCGCCCACGGUCUACGAGAUGGCUGCCUUGACCCAGGAUCUGGAUACGCAUGAUAUUACCACCAAGAUCAAGGAGGCCCUGUUGGCCAAUAACAUUGGCCAGAAGAUAUUCGGUGAGGCUGUGCUGGGACUCUCGCAGGGAUCCGUCUCCGAGCUGCUAAGCAAACCGAAGCCGUGGCAUAUGUUGUCCAUCAAGGGAAGGGAACCCUUCAUUCGGAUGCAGCUGUGGCUGAGCGAUGCCAACAAUGUGGAGCGAUUGCAGCUGCUGAAAAAUGAGCGGCGGGAGGCGAGCAAGCGAAGGAGGAGCACGGGACCGAAUCAGCAGGACAACAGCAGCGAUACCUCGAGCAAUGAUACCAAUGAUUUCUAUACCAGCAGUCCGGGACCGGGUUCAGUGGGUUCCGGUGUGGGUGGAGCACCGCCGAGCAAAAAGCAGCGUGUGCUCUUCUCCGAGGAGCAAAAGGAGGCUCUCCGAUUGGCCUUUGCCCUGGAUCCCUAUCCCAAUGUGGGCACCAUUGAAUUUCUGGCCAAUGAAUUGGGUUUGGCCACUCGAACCAUCACCAAUUGGUUCCACAAUCAUCGCAUGCGCUUGAAGCAACAGGUUCCCCAUGGACCCGCCGGCCAGGAUAAUCCGAUACCGAGUCGCGAGAGCACCAGUGCCACGCCCUUCGAUCCCGUCCAGUUCCGCAUCCUGCUGCAGCAGCGUCUGCUGGAGCUGCACAAGGAGCGGAUGGGCAUGAGUGGUGCACCGAUUCCGUAUCCCCCGUACUUUGCAGCUGCUGCCAUUUUGGGACGCAGCUUGGCGGGGAUUCCUGGAGCAGCGGCGGCGGCAGGAGCAGCUGCAGCAGCGGCCGCCGUGGGAGCAGCCACCGGUGAUGAACUGCAGGCCCUGAAUCAGGCCUUCAAGGAGCAGAUGAGCGGAUUGGAUUUAUCCAUGCCCACGUUGAAGCGCGAGCGCAGCGAUGACUAUCAGGAACUGGACUUGGAGCUAGAGGGAGGUUCGGGUCACAACCUCAGCGACAAUGAGUCCGAAAUGGAGGGUGGUCAGGAGGAGGAUAAGACAACCAGCGAUUACGAGAAGGCUUUGCACAAGUCCGCUUUAGCAGCCGCCGCCGCCUACAUGUCGAAUGCGGUGCGCAGUUCGCGACGCAAGCCGGCUGCCCCCCAGUGGGUCAAUCCCGCCGGUGCAGUGACCAAUCCCAGUGCCGUCGUGGCAGCCGUGGCAGCGGCAGCAGCAGCAGCCGCAGCAGCGGACAACGAGCGCAUCAUCAACGGGGUGUGCGUGAUGCAGGGAUCGGGAUCCUCCUCCUCCGUCGAACCAACGGAUAGUGGGGCCACAAACGAGGAGGCGGAGGAGCAUGAGCAUGCCCAGCUGGAGAUUGAUCAGCGGUUCAUGGAGCCGGAGGUGCACAUCAAGCAGGAGGAGGACGACGACGAGGAGGAGCAACCAACGGCGACAGCGGAGAACAGCGGCGAGGAGAACAGCGAGCUGAAGCUGAAAGUGGUCAACGAGGAGAAGCUGCGAAUGGUGCGGGUGCGACGACUGAGCAGCAAUGGCGGUGGCUCCUCCGAGGAGAUGCCCGCCCCGCUGGCGCCUCCACCUUCAGCAGGAGCGGCCACUUCAUCAUCCAGUGGAGCAGUGGAAAGCACCAGUUGCAGUAGCAGCUCCACACCGGCAGUGACCACAGCAGCAGCCGCCGCCAGUUGGAAUUACUAGAUAAAAACUAUUAAGUAAAAACUAAAAAUAUAUAUGAAUAUAAAUUCAGUGCAAUUGUAGAGAGAAGGAGAGAAGAAAAAGCGCGUUUACUUGUGAUUAAGUUUGAAUGUUUAAACGAUGAGGAUACACACCCAUACAUAUAUUAUACAUAUAUAAAUAGCACUUAGGAACACUUAGGAGAACUCUAUAUAUAUAUUUUUUUUUGUUUUUUUUUUUUGUAUUGUCAUUAAACAUUAACUACUAAAUAUAGGAUGUUAGUUGUAGAGUUAUAAGAUUAUAGCCUUAGGUUGAGCAGUUGUAAUAGUUGUAGCUAAAAGUUUAGAGAAGCUAUGCGAUGGAGGAUAGAAGUUGAGAUGAGGGAGCAGCGCAAAAGUAUUAAUGAGAAAAAAUAAACCCAUUUAAGACCCCCGACUUGCCGAAGAACUUUAACCAAAACGUCGAGAUCCGAUUGAUAAGGAAAGAUUUGAUCUUGCUAAGAUUUUCGAUUUCGAUUUUUCAAUUUGUUUCUACUUGAAGACUGUAAGCAAAGGCGGUAGGAUUGAUAACUACACACGUAAUUCGUAAUUCUAUUCUAUGCAUACAUUAUAUUCUAUUUUUUUUUUUUGAGUAACUAUUAUCUAUGAUUAUUAGCAGUUUAGCUGGCUUAAGUGUAAAUAAAUCAAGUUAAAUAAAUAAAUGAAAAUGUACAUAGAUUUCUCGCGAGGCAUGAGGCAUGAUCUUGCUGUCGUUCUUCCUAACAGAUCCUACCUUCUACACACCACCCUCAGCAACCGACUUGUUUAACUAUCUUUUGAUCUCAAGCAAAAAACAAAAACAAAACAAAAAACGUAACCGAUAUUUAAAAGGGAAUUGUGGAAGGAGUGGAGUGAAAAUCCAAAGUAAAAGAUAGUUAAAAGUAAAGCAGAAAAUAUUCCCCCUUUUUUUGUUGCCCAAACAAAAAUAAAAUAAAUAUUUGACGAUGAGAAAAGUAAAGGCAAAUCGAGAAAAAAAAUAUAUAACAAUAAACUUUGUAAAUUCUGAAUUUACAUAAAAAUCACACACACACCCACACAACAAACACACAUACACAUACACAACAACAACACACACAAAUUGAGUAAUUCAUAAUUAUAGCAAAAAUAAACAUGCAAAAUGCACUAAAUUAUUUAUAAUCUAAUUAUUCUAUACAUAAUUAUAUAUAUAUAAUUAUACAUAAUGCAUAUAAAGCGAAAAGCGGAAAAUUUAUCAACUUAGCCUAACGGUAAUUUAAAUUUGCAUUAAACCCUAGCAUAAAUAACAACAAUUUUUUUCUGUGAAUCUAAAAUAUUUAAAGAUGAAAAUAAAAAACAAAAACACAAACCGCAUAUCGUACUAAAGAAAUUACACAAAAGAAAAGAAAAAAAGUAAACAAAAAAAAACAAAAACCCUAAACUAAGACAGCCAAUUUUUUUUUGCUUAGACCUUAAGUUUACAACGUAAUCGUAAUAUUAAAUAAAUUACAAAAUAAACAAACAAAAA